AUGAAGGAGCUUGGCAUUGAAGAACUAGAAGAGAUGUCGCAGUGUGUACCACACCAAUUUGAGAGUUGGACCAAGGCUAAGAAGAAAGAAUACCUGGAGGAGUUAGCAGCAACAAUUGUCGACAAGUAUAUUCUCGAUACAGCCAAACACAAAAAGAUUGCCCUUGCCACCAGCCAGCUAGAAGAAAAGCAGUUGCAAAGGCUGAAAGAUAUGACAUCAAGUGGCAGAUAUAAGUGUCGGGUCCCUGGUUGCAACAAGACAUUUAGGUCCGAUGGGAAAUGGCGACAUACUCACGAGCCAGUCUCACAAUCCACCAGUCAACAUAGAAGAGCAACCACUGCUGACUGA